AGACCCGUCCGUUACCGACGCAUCUUCCUGGCCUGCCCCCCUUCUCUCUCUCUCUCUCUCUCUCUCCCUGCUCCCCCCUCUCUCUGUCUCUCUUUCCUCCUUUUCUGUCUGCCGCUAGCCUACCUGAAGGGAAGCUCACCGCCGAGAGCCUAAAGAGACCGAAUCUGGCGUGUCGGCUGGGCCCUGCCCGCGCUAUGCUGCGGUAAAAACCAGGGCCGCUGUUUGCGGUGUUUCCAGGGGAUGUAGAGAGGGACGGAGGCACCGCACCGCGCCGUGUCUGCUCUGCUCUGCCCAGCCCGCUGCAUCGCUGAGCGGGCCUGCGAAGCACACAAGAUGUCGACCAGAACGCCAUUGCCCACGGUGAACGAGCGUGACACCGAAAAUCACUCAUCGGUGGAUGGCUUCGUUGAACCUCCAGUACCCCCAACUAAGUCUGCUAGUCGCCACAGCUUGCCUCGAUGCCGCAACUCCUUCACCUCCACAGAGGAGCAUCCUCAUAUUGGCAAUUACCGCCUUCUGAAGACUAUAGGGAAGGGGAAUUUUGCCAAGGUGAAGCUGGCACGACACGUCUUGACUGGACGAGAGGUGGCGGUGAAGAUCAUAGACAAAACCCAGCUGAAUCCCACCAGUCUACAGAAGCUCUUCAGGGAAGUCCGAAUAAUGAAGAUACUGAAUCAUCCAAAUAUAGUCAAACUAUUUGAGGUGAUUGAGACGGAGAAGACGCUUUAUUUGGUUAUGGAGUAUGCCAGUGGUGGAGAAGUAUUUGACUAUUUAGUGGCUCACGGCAGAAUGAAGGAGAAGGAAGCCAGGGCCAAGUUCAGACAAAUUGUGUCUGCAGUGCAGUAUUGCCACCAGAGGAGGAUAGUACAUAGGGAUCUUAAGGCGGAGAACCUGUUGUUAGAUGCAGAUAUGAACAUCAAGAUUGCUGACUUUGGCUUCAGUAAUGAGUUCACUGUGGGCAGUAAGUUGGACACUUUCUGUGGCUCCCCACCAUACGCUGCUCCGGAACUUUUCCAAGGGAAGAAGUAUGAUGGACCAGAGGUGGAUGUCUGGAGCCUCGGGGUCAUUCUUUACACGCUGGUUAGCGGAUCGCUGCCCUUUGAUGGACAGAAUCUAAAGGAGCUGAGGGAGAGGGUCCUGCGGGGGAAAUACCGUAUUCCUUUCUACAUGUCCACAGACUGUGAAAACCUGCUGAAAAAACUACUUGUGCUCAACCCUGUCAAAAGAGGCAGUUUGGAGCAAAUCAUGAAAGACCAUUGGAUGAAUGUGGGUCAUGAGGAGGAGGAGCUUAAACCUUAUAUCGAGCCUGAGGCGGACUUCAAUGAUUCAUCCAGAAUAGAGCUCAUGGUGACCAUGGGCUUCCCUAAAGAUGAGAUCACGGAGUCUUUACAAGGCCAGAAGUACGAUGAUGUCAUGGCCACCUACCUGCUGCUGGGCAGAAAAGCUCCAGAGUUUGAGGGGAGUGAGCCGCUGACUAACAGCAUCCUGGGCACACGAACUCGACCGACCAGUGAUAUCAACAACAGCUCCAGCAUUUCCCCCGCUCAUCCCAAGGUCACGCGCAGCAUCUCGGCCAAUCAGAAGCAGCGCCGCUACAGUGAUCAUGUUGGUCCAUCUGUGCCCCCGGCGGUGUCGUAUACGAAACGUGGCCAGGCCUUGAGUGUGGAAAGUGACCACAGAGAGGAGUGGGAUGGAGCACGCAGGCUGGAGCUCAACACCUCAAAAGGAGAUGUGCCCGCAUCACCACUGGGUGUGCAGGAGAGGAAGAAAACUACAAGUGCUGUAGGGCAGACCAAUGGAUCAAUGACUCGCAGGAACACGUACGUGUGUGAACGAUCCUCUACUGACCGAUACUCGGCUAUUCCUAAUGGAAAAGACAGCAGUUUAACAGAGGUGUCAGGGAGCACCCCAUCGACUGCAAUGAGCUCCACAAGGCCUCGUCACACCAAGUCUAUGUCAUCGUCAGGGCAUCCUUCAAAGAGCACACUGCCCCCCAUUGAUGACAACACAGAGCUUAAAGCCAGUUCGUCUCCACGGGGUCCCUCCACUUCUCCGUCGGCACACAGUAUUAGCACCCCAGAGAAGAACCGUUUUCCCCGGGGCACCACCAGCCGCAGCACCUUCCACGGAGCUCAGCUCAGAGACCGGCGCAGUGCCACUUACAACGGCCCCCCGGCUUCACCCACAUUGUCCCAUGAUACGGGAGCUCUCGCUCAGCAACGCAGGGGCACCUCCACUGGGAUCAUCAGCAAGAUCACAUCCAAGUUUGUCCGCAGGGUGCCUAGUGAGGGAGAGGCCAGUGUCAGGACAGAAACACCAAGAAGCGCGUCAGGUGAAAGCAAAGAGGAUGGCGGUCGGGACUCCAAACCCCGCUCGCUGCGUUUCACCUGGAGCAUGAAGACCACCUCCUCCAUGGAGCCGGCAGAGAUGAUGAGAGAGAUCCGCAAAGUCCUGGAUGCCAACAGCUGCGAUUACGAGCAGCGUGAACGCUUCCUGCUUUUCUGCGUCCACGGGGACGCCCGCCAGGACAACCUGGUCCAGUGGGAGAUGGAGGUCUGCAAGCUGCCCCGCCUUUCACUCAACGGCGUGCGCUUCAAAAGGAUAUCGGGCACGUCCAUCGCCUUUAAGAAUAUCGCCUGCAAAAUUGCCAACGAGCUCAAACUGUGACAGCAGAUGGAGUCGUCCCAGUCAGUCAUUGGUGAGCUCUGGUUGCGGUCUCAUCUCAUCACUGGAUUAGUGUCGACUCACAGGACAAAAAUUCAGCACUGAAGGUCCUCGCCGCGCAGAAUCAGGGUGGACUCGGCUGGUAAACGUGCAAUACUGGCCACGAAUGUACUGUACAGGGUAGUGGAUCAGAGAGAUAUCACAAGGUUUAACCUCUGUGAUGAAGAGACAGUAAAAACAGCAAACCUUGCCCUUUUUUGUUCUCUUCCGUCCAGCCCUCUGUCUCUCUCAUCGGCCCGCUGCUCCUCGUCAUAGGACACAUUCAUGUAACACAUACAGUAUGCAACAGAAGAUGACCAUUCUGCAAUAAUGUUUUCAAUCUCUUUUUCUAAACGCCUACUACAAGAUCUACUCUUCUCGCUGAAUAAUCAUUAAAGUAAUGAACGUGAAAAUAGCCGCUUUUCCACCUAUGUUAACUCAGUAUAUAGAUCAGGCUGGAGUCAUACUAAAACUAUGUAAAAAGAGAAUUGUACUGUAUGCAUAACAUCUGCAGGUACUGUAUUGUAUAUUGAUUUUACGUUCUGUACAGAAUUUUAUUGUCGAUAUGUCUUUUUCAUGGGAUUUGAGUUCUUUCCUGAUAUAAUUGAUGUCUCUUUAACCAUUAUCCUUUCAGUCUGUGAGUUUUUUAAUUCUUUUUUAAGAGCCACCAUAUGAAAAUAGUGUUUUUAAUUUUAUUUAAAGAGCACUAAAUUAUUUUGUUGAAUAUUAAGGGAUGUGCUCCCUUGCCUUUUAUGUUAUAUUUUAUUUGCCUACGGAAAAAACACUAAGUUGCACCACAUAGACUUGAGUAGUACGUUCAGUUAAAACUGAAAAUGUGUUCACUUUAUUUUCUCUCAGCAGUAGGUCGGCCAUUUUGGAGAUCCGGCUGCAAAUUGCACAAGUUUUCCAGGGUGAUGUGUAUGAACAUGAGAGUAUGCACCUGUAUUUCUUUCGUGUUAGUUUGGUAGUCCUCAAUUUCAAAAACCGCAGGGUUUAAAUCAGUUGUCUUCUGAAAGAUGAGUAAGGAAGGACAGGAUGUCGUUAUCCAAAGUACAGAGGAGGCAUGAAAAGAUCAACUUUGGUGCAGUCUUUCUAAAGAGCCUGCUUUAACCCUGCCAACGGUGUGAUUAUGCAGGUACUUGUGUAUCUCCUUGCUUGUUUUUUUAUUUUUAAUUCAGCAGAUUUUGUUGUAUUUAUUCCAUUACAUUGUAAUGUGCUGCUUUGUAGAAUUGAGGCGUGCACUUUGUUGGAGAAAAUAAAAAAGGAUUUUAUUUGUUUGUA